UGUGAGAGAGAGAGAAAUUUCCGCUUCCUGCAUUCACAAACCCUCCGCACUGUCUCGCGCAAACACUCCCAGGCAGGCUUACACACAUACACACACACGCACACAUCCGCUGUAAGUGCGUUAUCCCGCAGAUUGCGGGUGCCUGUGCUCGCCCUGCAGGACCUAUUUGUGGAUCUGAAAGCAGACAGAAGCCCGGCCCGGGUGUCCAGCGGCUCGGCUGUAGAGCAGCAUGUCGGAGCGCGGAGGAGGGCUGCCGAGGAGCGGAGGCGCGCCGUGUCCGUCUCCGCAGCCCUCCAAGCCGGUCGCGAUCACCUCCAACCGCCCGGUGCACAUGAACCUGUACGCGACCUGGGAGGUGGACCGCUCCUCUCCGAGCUGCGUGCCCAGACUCUUUAACCUGACGCUGAAGAAGCUGGUCAUGCUAAAAGAGCUGGAUAAGGAUUUGACGUCUGUGGUCAUCGCUGUUAAACUCCAGGGGUCGAAGCGAAUCCUCCGCUCCAACGAGAUCUUAUUGUCUUCAGCUGGAUUGACAGAAACGGACUUACAGCUCACGUUCUCCCUGCAGUAUCCUCACUUCCUGAAGCGUGAUGCAAACAAACUCCAGAUCAUGCUGCAGAGGAGGAAGCGCUACAAGAACCGCACCAUCCUGGGCUACAAGACCCUGGCUCUGGGUCUCAUCAACAUGGCCGAGGUGAUGCAGCACCCUACAGAAGGAGCUCAGGUUUUGGGUUUACACAGUCAGCUGAAGGAUGCAUCAGUUCCUGUGGCCGAGGUGCGAGUUUACUCUCUCUCCAGCCAACCGAUUGACCACGAGGGACCCAAAGCCAAGAUGAACGAUCGUUCUCCAGACAUCGACAACUACUCAGAGGAGGAGGAAGAGAGUUACUCAUCAGAGCAGGAGGGGAGUGAUGACCCGGUUCAUGGACAGUAUCUGUAUGACGACGAUGACGAGGUGAGAAAGAAGAAACCUCGACGUAAACUGGUAUCCGGGGCGGCCAUCACUCGACAACCCAACAUCAAGCAGAAGUUUGUGGCCCUGCUGAAGAGGUUUAAAGUUUCAGACGAGGUCGGUUUCGGAUUGGAGCACGUCUCAAGAGAGCAGAUCCAGGAGGUUGAGGAGGACCUGGACGAGCUCUAUGACAGCUUGGAGAUGUAUAACCCAAGUGACAGUGGUCCAGAGAUGGAGGAGACGGACAGCAUCCUGAGCACACCCAAACCUAAACUCAGGCCGUUCUUUGAGGGAAUGUCGCAGUCCAGCUCUCAGACGGAAAUCGGCAGCCUGAACAGCAAAGGAAGUCUGACCAGAGACCCCUUCAGCCCGGGGGAGCAGCCUCCUUCUGACAAGAUAAAACACUCACGCAGCCGCAACCUGGACGAGACGACGACCGAGCCGGACAUUUCGGAGGUGAUUGAUCAGGAGCUGUUCCCGGAAGCAGCACCCUCCAUUACUGUGUCUGUGGCUGAGAAACCACGUACACCACUGAAGACCAGCAAGAGCGAGGGGCAAACCAUGCCUUCUCCUAGGUUGGAUGGGACACACACACCCCGGCAGAAACGCAGCACUCCAAUGAAGGAGCGGCAGCUCUCUAAACCGCUGAGCGAACGAACCAACAGCUCAGACAGUGAGAGGUCACCUGAACUAGGACACAGUACACAGGUCCUCAGGAAAGCUGUGUAUGAUCAGUUGAAUCAGAUUUUGUUGUCUGAUGCAGCGUUACCCGAGAGCCUCGUCCUUGUUAAUGGCACCGACUGGCAAGGCCAGUAUGUAGCAGAGCAGUUACAGGUUCAGAAGCACCCGGUGGUGUGUACGUGUUCAUCAGCAGAGAUUCAGGCCGUUCUCUCAGCUGUGCUGACGCGCAUCCAGAAGUUCUGUAACUGUAACUCGUCCAUGCCGCGGCCCGUGAAGGUGGCAGUAGUCGGAGCUCAGAGUUAUCUGGGUGCCAUCCUGCAGUUCUUCGUCAGUCAGUUGGCUAAUAAGACGUCUGAUUGGCUGAACCACAUGCGCUUCUUGGUGGUUCCUCUGGGUUCCCACCCUGUUGCUAAGCACCUGGGUGCCCUUGACAACCGCUACAGUUCAGUUUUCCUAGAUGGAGCAUGGAGAGAACUGUUCAGUCGCCCAGAACCUCCACAGUCAGACAUGUUGGACGUGGCGGGUCGUAUCGCUCAGUACAUCAGCGGAGCGUCUCUCACCCAUCAGCUCCCCAUAGCUGAGGCCAUGCUGACCUGCAAACACAGGACGCGGGAGGAGGAUUCCUAUCAGAAGUUUAUCCCGUUUAUAGGCGUUGUGAAAGUGGGGCUGAUUGAGCCGGGUCAGUCGUCUACAGGUGAUGCUGAAGAGGGCGUGUCUGUGAAUUUAGCUGUCCCCUCUACAUCUCCGCCCACUCACGGCUCUCCCGCCAGUCUUAAAGAGACAGCCACGCCCCCUUCGUCACCUUCUAUGGGUGCUGUUUUACCUGCACAGGGGAGCCCCAGCAUGUCUCACGGCGUGGACGCUAUCGGUCUGCAGGUGGACUACUGGCUGGCGUCUCUGGCUGAGAAGCGGCGUGAGGGCGAGAGGAGGGACACGGGCUGUAAGAACACUCUGAAGAGUGCGUUCAGGUCCCUGCAGGUCAGCCGUCUGCCUGGAGCCAGCGCCAGCGAGCCUCACGCGCCCGUCAACACCAUGUCCAUGACCGUGGUCACCAAAGAGAAGAACAAGAAAGUGCCGACCAUUUUCCUGGGGAAGAAGCCGAAAGAGAAGGAAGUGGACUCUAAGAGUCAGGUGAUCGAGGGCAUCAGUCGACUCAUCUGCUCAGCCAAGCAGCAGCAGACCAUCCUGAAAGUGUCCAUUGAUGGUGUGGAAUGGAACGACGUGAAGUUCUUCCAGCUCGCGGCUCAGUGGCCGACGCACGUGAAGUACCUCCCAGUCGGACUGUUCGGUUACAGCAAGCCGCCCUCCUAGGAACCGCCCACUCAUCCUCUAGCCCCGCCCCUUCACCCCACUGCAGCAGUCACCCCAUUGCACACAGCUGUAGCAGGGCUGUAGGAGGGAACCUGCCUAAACGUUCAUAUCCUUUCAGAGAGGAGGUGUGUGGGCUCGCGUGUGGGACGUGUGGGAGUGGCUCAGACGGACUUUAUAUGGCGCUAGUCACUUUUAUUUCCAGAAAGGUCCCCGAGCACCAGUAGCGUGAGACGAGCACAAAAUGGUAGACGCCUUCAGUCUACCAGCAAUCAUAUACUUGUUACAGAGCAUGACGAAAAUAGAGAAAUCCAAAAUAUGACCCCUCACAUGACCUUUGACCUACAUGAUUGGCCCCAGUAUCAGAGUUUUAAGAGAACCAGCAAACGGUGUUAACCGCUGAUCUGCAUGUUUUAAACUACAACACCCACAAUCCACUAGGAAAAUUAGUGUUAUUAUGCAACUUAUGUACUUGUGCAUGUGUUAAGCUGUGCGAGCCGUGCAGCUACAGUUAGCCACUCGAAGCUAUGCCUUUUCCACAUCAGUUCAGUCUAGAAGCUUAGGAUUAGCAGUGAAGUGGUUGCUGUGUUCAUGGACUCUGUGAGUUUUCACUUAUUUUGUACAUACAUUAGGCUUUUGCGUCUUAGUUUUCAGUUAAUAUGAGUAAUUACAAAAGUGGCCUUUUUAGAACAUGUAGCUCAGUUAAGGGUUUUAUUUAUUUAUUUUUUCCUUUAUGAGCCAUUUCUCCAAAGAUCACACUGGCCAAUCCGAAUGUAAACUGUCAUGUAAACCUGAUCGAAUGUAACAGGGUCACAGAAAGUCAGCAUGGAUACUGCAGCAAUGACCAGCACUUCAUUUAUCUCCUGUAAAACGCUACAUCCUGAGGGAAACUGCGCUCAUAUCGCACGUCUCAUGUUUGUGGAAUUAAGAAUUAAAGCUAAUUUACAGCUCGCUUGAAACUGUCUGUCAGCCAGCGCUGUUCUCACAAGCAUCUUCAGCAGAUUUUUGAAAGCUAUGCAUUUCCAUUUACGCUCUCACAUAUCACACACGUUUACCUGUGAAGCACAAUGUUGGAGGUUAACUUACCCCUUUAAAGCGAACGAUGAGUGAACGUGAUCAUUGCCAGUUAGCAUGCUGUCACUGCUGGUGUAAAUUAUUCAUUUAAAGGGAUAUUCCACACACACACACACACACACACACAUACGCCAUGUGAUUCUUCAUCAUGAACGUUUACAGGGUGUUCAUUUGAAAGUGGAAGAUUUACCAAGCAUAAGCAGGUAUAGAAGUGAAUGAGUGAUCACAUGACAUGUUAGUUACAGGUUAUGAAGUUCAAUGAAAUGGUUCCUCUCAUUUUAAAAUCCUUCAGGCUGAUCUACAAUCAUCCAGGCAAAAUAUUUGACCACGAGAGCAGAGACCUGUUUAAAUUUGUUAUUUAAUGGUGCAAUAGUUGUUCAUAUCUUACUAGUACAAAUAAUAUGGAACAUGAUGUAGAAAAAGUAAUACUUUAAGCUUAAAAAAAAAAACAGUUUGGAAACCUGCCUUCUGGUCCGGAAUUUAUUUUUUUUUUUUUCCCAUAUAUUUUAUUGGCCUCUCUUAUCAGUCAUUUUAUAGCCACGCCCCCAAUGCCCCUUCCCGUCCUCUUAAAUCAUUAUGAGGAGAAGUUGCAUAUUUAUAAAGUUGUUAUUCUGGAAAGCUUGCGACGUUCCCCAGUUUCUGCUGUUCAAUAAACUUAGCUAUUCUGGAGCAGGAACUAAAAUGGUUCCUGGAAGUACAGCCCAGGAAUUAAAACCGAUCCUGGUUCCUAUGGUGGAAAAUUCCUGAAAAAAGCCUUAGGUGCAGUUCCAUUUUUUGGCAAACUGCUGCUGUAUAAGAGGAAUAAUACACUUCUAGAUGUGAUGGUAUUGGAAAAUAAGCAACUUCAGGGCAUUACAACUUGCUGAAUUGAGCCAAUACGUUUGUUCCUACACACAGAUUUGAUCUCUUUCAUUCUUUUCCUUAUAAGGAAAUGACCACUCAUUUGCUUUAGGCUACACUGGUUCUCUGUAAUGUUUUUCAUGAUCAAGAAUCACAUGCGACACGGUGUGGAUUGCUCUGUUGAGAGCAGAUCAAAUUGAAGAGCUGUCAUUAUCAGUCUUAAACAUAAAGAGCUAAGAGCUGAUGCUGACUUUCAGUCUGAAAUCAUGGAGCUACAGUCUCCCUUUACCUGCUAAGCUGCUACAUGGUUGUCGUAAGGUGCAGCUUCUGUGAAAGUGAUGGUCUACUUUGUCUAGGACGUGUGUCAGGUGUACAUGUUGGUGUUAAAGUGAUAAAAGUUUUAGUGUGUGAAAUGUUCUGAACUCUGAAAUAACGUUGUGCCACAGUAAAGAGUGAUGAGUCUUGGUGUGUGGAUGUGGAUGUGUGGAUAUACGUGUGUGUGUGUGUGUGUUCUUUUGCGUGGUCGAUUAGCAGAUUUGUGGUGUAAAUUUUUGACGGUAUGCCGACUCCUGCAUCAUGACGCAAGAUCACAUGAGACACGUUGGCGGUGCUGGAGGAAUUUCGAGGCAUUUCGUAAAGAAUUUAAAUGCAAAAAAAAAAACAAAAAAAAAAUGAUGACUUGUCGGACUAUGAAACUCUGCAGACGCUAUACUAGGUAGCAUAAAAGAUGACAUGAAAAUGAUGUGUAUAGUUACAUUUUAAAGGACUUUUCUGUGUCAUUGACAUCACAUUCUAACAAAACUGUUUUCAGUCUGAUACCGAGUCAAACCGAGGUGUGGUAAAAGUAUUACUACAAAUUUGUGUUACAGUUCAGAUGGGUCAGUAUUUUCUGGAGUGGAUGUUAAGCAAUAGUGUUUUCUAUUCUUUCUUUUCCAUUGGAAUACAUUGCUUAGUAAAUGAUUCAGUAGUGCUUUAUAUUAAGGUUCAAUUAACCAACAUUAUUUACAGCAUGAACUACAGCAGUGAUUCAUCUUAUACCAUAAGUUUGUCGAAUUCUUGAUUCUGUAUAUGUUUCUAUAGCUAGUCAUUCACAGUGACCCUUCAAAUAUGAACCUAAUAAUAAACAGAUUAGAAAGGAAAACUAGAAUAAACCCUAAAAAUGUACAAUUGAUCAUAUGGUGAAGUUAGGAGGACAUGUUUAUUUAACAUUUGUGGAAGGAGUCUCCAGUGUCAGCACUUUUUAAAAGUACAAAAACAGGAAAACCUUUGGGACAGAGAAGUUUGCUCUUUGUUGUUUCUCACUAACAUGACAAGGUGUGGGUUUUUUUUUUCAUGUUAACUUCGAGAUCAAGAGUGAGAGUGGGAAAAAAGAAAACCUUUUUAUAAAGGAAUGACUGUUUAUAGUUAUCAUGAACAUUCCACAACAUUAGAUUUUAUCUAUAAAUGGGUAAAAUAUAUAAAUUAAGAGGUACAAGAGGAAUAAAACACUUUGGAAUGUGCUGUUAUAGGAAAAUAAUCAACUCCAGGGCUUCACAUUGGGCCACAUCAUACCACCAUGCUGUUGAUUAUUUACGGAGGAAUAAAACCUGAUGGGAUGUUCUGUUCUAAGACAAUAUUGUUACCAAAAACAAUUUCAUUUGCAUUAAUUGAUGUUUGUUUAACUAAAUAUAACAAAAGAACUAUGAUUUAUGCUCACUAUGAACUAACGCUUUAAUAUAUCGUAGCUGGUUAUUUGGUGAAAUUGAAGUGAGGCUGAAUGGUGGGGGCCAAUAUUUACAGCUAGUGAGAGACAUUGUAAUUUAUUUGAAUCCCAGACUGCCUUUCAAACAGACAUGAGAGGUAUUUUGUUACAAAAAAAAAGCCUACACUUUAUAGGUAUCAUCAGCGAUUUUGAGCAGAAGUUAGCUAAAGCUAGCAAAAUUCAAGCAAGCACGAUUAACAGGAAAGUAGAGACAUGGAGCCUUGACUCGAUUGGCUGGACGCUGGUGGUUCACAUCUGUUUAAAGAGCCUGGGCUGGAGUGCUGACACACUGGAGCUUCUCUUCUAAGCAGAUAUUUGGUUUAAGUGGCCAAUUUGUGAGGAGAACUUCACCAAAUAUUCUAAAAGAUGCUCUGAAAUAAAUGAUAACUGACACUGUAAAUAAAAUUAAUUAGCAGAACCUUAGUAUAGAGUCACCAAUGUUUCAUUAUACAACACUAGUGACUACCUUCCACUGAUAAUAUGGCAAAUAUCAUAUAGGAAAUGAUAACGGGCCAUAUCCAUAUAUAUAUAUAUAUAUAUAUAUAUAUAUAUAUAUAUAUAUAUAUAUAUAUAUAUAUACAAUCCAAAAAAGCCACAUAUUGAACCAUGCCAUGUAAAUUACUUUAGAUCAGGAUGACACAGCUAUGUAUUCAGUGCUUUAUUAAAUACUCCUUCACUCGCUUUAGGAUCAUGAAUCAGAUCAGAUUAUUAAUAAUUCUGUCUUUCCAGCUGCUGUCAUCCCUUUAGGCUGAAUUUGAUUCAUAAAGAAAACAGCCCGGGGGGUGCACACGAGUGUGUUUUGUAUCAAAUGUGAUUGUAAUUCACGCUGAUUGUUUCACAUAUUGUACGCAGAGAUUCUUUGUGCAAAAUCCUUUAAUGGUGAACAUGUUUAAUAAGAUGCACACAUCCCUUUUUUUUUAAUAUAUUCAUGAAAUAUUUGAUGCUGUUAAGUGCAAAGGGAACACAGAGGGUGUGAAAUGCUGCUGCCAAAAAAGUGUCAGCUGUUACAUUUUAUAUCCGUGUUUUUGAUGUAAUUGUCAAGUAUGAUCGCUCUUAUCUGAUGUUACCUGUUUCAGUGCAGCAGCAUUUGAAGAGAUGCAUUUCCUUCCAUUUCAGUUCCAGUGCCUCCUCUGUCAUGUUGAUAUCGUCUCUCAGUCGCCGUCUCGUGCUCUGAUUGUGGACCAUGUAUGUUCUCUCUCUCUCUCUCUCUCUCUCGCGCCUCUCUCUCUCUCUCUCUCUGUGUUGUUCAGUCUGUUAUGAUGCCUGGCUGUAUCUGGCCCUGGACCAGUCAUCGUAUGUUGUUUGUAUUUGGUGUGAUGUGAAUGUUUUGUUGUCUGUAUCACGCGAACAAUAGAUUUGCAAGCAGACUUAUUGCAAACAAAUCAUUUUGCAGAGUGAAUUGUGGUUUUGUUCUUUCCACUUCAGCCCAAGAGCCUGAUUUACUAAAGUGAUUGAGCAGAAAAAGUGAUUGAGAGUUGUGUUUCUCUUUGUCACUGAUCAUGAAAACUGCUUCAGUAAAUAAGGCCCUGGGUGUCUCAGCCUGAUAUUGAGAGAAUAUUGUUCUUGAAUUCCACAAGCGUUGGUGUGUUCUGGUCUUUGACUCGCACUAAACCCCGAGGCACAGUGAGGCAGUAGAUUAGCACUUCACUAGAGAAGCCGAGCUUGUGGAUAAUAAGUAUUUUUUUUUUUUGCACGUAUUAGUUUGUUUUAGCAAUCCUCAGCCACAUGCCUAUACAAUAUCAACAGUGCUUGUACAUAUAUUAAGAAGUGCUUGUAAUAUGAACCUGAGUUCUUUUAUUGUUAUUUUUUUUUUUAUUCAACAUGUUUUUGUAGUACUGCCUUUUCAUGAUUUCAGUUGUCGAUGGGGUAAUGUGUGGGAUAAAUUGAAAGUGUUCAUUUUUUUAAAUAAACACACCUUAUUUGUA